AUGGAAAACCAUCACCACCUUUCUCCAGAUCAUGAAGAGAUGGAAAAUCAAUCUCGCGCUCCACAGCGCCGUCGCCGCCCGCCCCUGUCUUGUACAGUCUGUCGCAAGCGCAAAUUAAAAUGUGACCGCUCUCUGCCCUGCGGGCAAUGCGUGCGCUCAAAGACAACAGCCCAAUGCGUUUUUGUUGGAGCCCAGCCUGAUCUUGUAUCCGAAUCUUCUCAGCGACGCAUGUCACCCCCGCAAUUGCCAUAUGGUGGUAUGGAAGAGCAGUCCGGCCGGAAAAGUGGGAUGUUCGUCUUUGACUCGAAAUUGGGGCCGAAUUCGACUUCAAAUCGUAUUUCGAAGCGUGGUCGUCCCGAUGAGCUGCAUGAACUCCGGAGUCGGCUGCAUGUUCUGGAGAGUUCGCUCGGCAAGUCGACUCAUCUUCAGACGCCUGAGACCUCGGUUUGUGAUGUCUUUUCUGAAGUCGACACAGCCAAUAGUUCUGAGAAUGUUGGUGUUGAUGACCGCGUGCGAUUCUUGCCGGAUUCGAGCUUCCGCGGGAAGAAGACUAAGACUCGUUAUUUCGGUCGCAGUCAUUAUACCACUACUGUUUCAUUCUUUAAAGAUAUUGGUUCCUUUAUGCGCCGUGGUCAUUGCCGCGGAGAGGGAAAGGAUAAAGAGUACUCUGAUAUGAAACAGUUCAAGACGGAGCUUUGGUCGCGCGAGACACAGGAUCAUCAGCGCGAGUUUCGCGAGCAGGCUUUCAAGCUUAAUGAAAUGGUUCCUCAGCGAAAUGUUGCAGACCACCUGCUUCAGCUGUAUCUCGACACUUUCGAGACGACAUAUCGAAUCUUGCACACGCCGACUUUCUUGAGACAGUAUGCUGAUUACUGGGGCAAUACCCAGCCAACCGACAUGGCUUUCGUCGCUCAGUUACUCGCCGUGAUGGCUGCUGGCAGUUGCUUCUAUGUUUCACCUCCAGGUCAAGACGACCGAGACGUAUUCCAGAAACCGGCCAUGAAGUGGAUCAUGGCUGUUCAGUCAUAUAUUUCGUGCACAUUUGUGAGCCCGGAUAUUGACUUCCGAAUGCUGCAGACACAAACUCUUCUUCUAGUAGCUCGCCUCGGAGUCGCCAGCGAUGGGGAUGUAGCCUGGGCCUCAGCCGGAUCGCUGAUUCGGUCUGCGACGACAAUGGGUCUGCAUCGCGAUCCGACUCGCUUCCGCAAGGCUCGACCAUUCUACUCUGAACUGCGCCGUCGUCUUUGGGCAACUAUCGUCGAGCUGGACCUCAAGAUCUCUCUCGACCGCGGCGUUCCGCCGUCAGUUGACCUAGACGAAUGCGACUGCGAUCCACCGUCCAAUUGGGACGACGCGGACUUGAUACCGGACAUGGAGAAUAACCCUGCUCCACUCAGUACUGCCCUUUAUACCCAAAACUUCUACCAAACUCUCCUCACCAAGACCCUCCAACUGCGAUAUCGAAUCGCCAAGAAAAUCAACAGUCUCCGAUUUAAUCUAUCCUACGACGAUGCCCUGCGAAUGGGCGAUGAACUCUCCCGCUCCAUGCAACAUGCAUCCUCCCUAUUUGACGACAACGGCCCGAGUAUCGCCCCGGGAGAAUCAGGACGUCACCGAUUCGCCCAAUCCCUGCAUCUCUUCAUCAUGCGAAAAUUCCUCCUCGCCCUCCACCGCCCCUUCUCACUCAGUGUCGUCCGCCUACCCAAAUGCUCCUACUCCCGCAAAAUCUGCCUCGAAGAAUCCCUCGGCAUUCUCUCCCAGAUGGAACUCCCCCUUUCGACAGAGGACAUCCUCUACCCGCAUAUCACCCAGCUGGGAAGUGGUAUGUUCCGCGAUGAAACCUUCCACGCCGCAAUCACCGCCUGCGUGGAGCUGUCCCUCCAGGCCAAUGAAAUGAGUACGUCUGCGACAUCUGUGAUGGACGGUGUCAACUCCAGCGUGCUCAUGAGCAUGAUUCAGUCCCAGCAAGGCGUGAUGAUGCAGGCUGUCGAGCGCACCGCCGAUAAUUUCGGGAGACGCAUUGGUCCCGGCGGGAAGGGGUGCAAGCCCUACUUCUUUUUGAAUAUUAUCCUUGCUUCGGUCAAAUCGCGCGUGAAGGGUGAGGAUCCUUUGUGUAAUGUUGAUACGGCCUCGAAGAGGGCCGUUCGCAUUUGCAGGGCGAUCUUGAAUGGUCUUACAUAUCAGGAGGCUAAGAUUAGUGUUGAUAAUCGCCCCGUUCAGACCUCCAUUCCUUCGGGGACAACUCCAGCCUCGGCUACACCGAGUGAUAUUGAUCCUGCAUCGCUUCUAUCGACUGACUUUAGUGAUUUUACGCCAAUGGAUCUAGGGGGCUGGUUCGAUGGAUUGGAUUACACUGGCCCGGAGUUGUGGGAUUGGGAUGCCGACUUGCCUGGUAACCUUCCGACAUUCUCAUGA